UUCCAGCCAACCGUCCACAGCUCCGGAGUUUAGAGAUCAGUAAAAGAUGAUGAGCUGCUCUCCUCCGGCGAGCGACAAGGAAUUAAAGUUCAUUAUCACACAAGAAUACGGAGAAACGACUAACUCAGCAAUGCAAUGUGUGUCUUUGAGUGUGAGUUUAACUUUCAACUAAAACCGAACUGCGAGCAUCCCACGCUGAACACGGUGGAACUGCUGACACUGGACUCCUUGCUCACUUCUGACAUCCAGUGUCAGCAUCCGGUGCUUUGAAGAUGAUCAACUCUCGGAUACGCCUCCACUACAACUACACAGGUAAGCUGGACCACCGGCCCAGCACGGACACAAGCGCUGGCACUGUGGACACCAAAACCGUUGUGUUCCUCAUCAUAUGCAGCUUCAUCGUUUUGGAGAACCUCACCGUGCUGGUAGCCAUAUGGAGAAACCACAGGUUCCACAACCGCAUGUACUUCUUCAUCGCUAACCUGGCGCUGUGCGACCUGCUCGCUGGAGUAGCUUACCUGGUCAACCUGCUGCUGUCAGGAGAGAAGACCCUGCAGCUGUCACCUGCUCUCUGGUUUGUCAGAGAGGGCAGCAUGUUUGUAGCACUCGGUGCCUCCAUUUUCAGUCUCCUGGCCAUUGCAAUAGAACGACACCUGACUAUGAUCAAAAUGAGGCCUUAUGAUGCCAACAAGAAUUACAGAGUGUUUCUGCUCAUAGGGACCUGCUGGCUGAUAGCUAUAUCUCUUGGAGCUUUGCCUAUUCUUGGCUGGAACUGCCUGGACAACCUCCCUGAUUGCUCCACCGUCCUCCCCCUCUACACCAAGAAAUAUGUAGCUUUCUGUAUCAUUGUUUUCAUAAUUUUGCUCUCAGCCGUGUCAAUCCUUUACGCCCGCAUCUACAUCCUGGUGAAGUCCAGCAGCCAAAAGGUCAGCAAGCACAGCAACUCAGAGCAUGCAAUGUCCCUGCUGCGCACUGUCAUCAUUGUAGUUGGGGUUUUUAUUGCCUGCUGGACGCCCAUCUUUAUCCUGCUCCUGGUAGAUGUGGCAUGUGUGCACCGCGAGGGCUGCCCUAUCCUCUACCAGGCUGACUGGUUCAUUGCAGUGGCUGUGCUCAACUCGGCCAUGAAUCCGGUCAUUUACACUCUGGCCAGCCGUGAGAUGAGACGGGCCUUCCUGGGUCUGGUGUGUGGUAUUUGCUUCAGAGGGAAGGCUUCUGUCAAUGGCAGCGGGAACAAGCAGUCUCUGGAGCCCAGCCGCAGCAGGAGCAAGUCGUGGAGCAGCCAGAACAAUCCCAACCAGAACCAACAAAGCUCCAGGCAGGUGGAGAUGGAGAAGGGGCAGGAAACGGACACGAAUCAUGGAGAGGUCUCAGUGGUGGCAGGAACCAGCAGAGGUGCUGCUGAGAUCGUCCAGGACAGUGAGAGAAAAGACUGAAAUGGGGGACAAAGAUACCUGCAGUAGGAAGGUUAUGUGCUCAUGGGCAGUUCUCACAGCGGACAGAAUUGAUGACAAAAAGAAAUUUGAGUUGUGAUUAAUAUAGAAUGAAUAAUUUCUUGAAUGAGAUGUUGACUAAAGGCCUACACUGCAAGGAAAUGGUUUCUCCUUUGUGCUUGAUAUUGAUAUGUCUGCAUCAUCCAUGAUUGGGAAGCUCGUUAAAAGUCUACACUUGGCAUUACACUGAGUAAUGUAUGAGGCCAAUAUGUUCAAUGACUGAAUAUCACCUUUUUGUCAAUUAGCUCAUAUUUACCAAUGAAUGGUGGUCUCAGCCUUGACAGAAAAAUCAUUUACCUCUGUGGUUACAGGUGUGAACAUUCCAGACAAUUAAGAAGUGACAAAAACCUGCAAUGAAUUACAGUAAAAGUGCAAUUAUAAUACUGCAAGUUAUGUAAUGAUGAAUGAGUGAUUGUAAACAGUUAUUGGUGUAAUGAGAAGUUAUUUAUUACUCUAUGCAGUAUAUUCUGUAAUUUUAUAUUUAGUCAAUAAUACUUACUAUAGUAUUCUGUGCAGAGAUGAUGUGAUAAAAGGAGAUAAAAACACCUUUUGGAGAUUCAAACCUACUACCUGUUUCACUAUAUCAGGAGCAUCAUGUUCAAAAUGACAGAACUGCAUCUGUUAUUCACUACAAAAGCUUCAUGAUUCUUAUGUCGCUCGUUCAACAUCAGUCGUUUUUAGUGAUACCAGGGCUCCCUCUGCUGGCUAGUAAUGGUAGUUAAUAUCCUCAAUGCUGACUAGAUGUUUUCACAACAUGCAUGUUCAGGACAGAAUCUCUUAAUCUUAUUUUUGCACCAAAUUGAACUUGUUGUGAAUGUGAGUUUGUGGGCUUAUUACAGAUAUUGAAAUGUUUUGUAUCGAAUCUAAAAGCAUGAAGCAGGUAAACUGUCUUAAAAGGCAUGUGAAUGCAGUUUAGCAUGUGAAAUGGAAACAGUUAAAAUAGAUGCAGCUAUUUAUAUGAUGCAAACUAUUAGCUUUGAUAUUAUAAAGUGAAAUUAAAGGGUAAACGUACUGUAUAAAAAUUAUUUACCUGGAUCACCUCAUGUGGCCAGUAGAGAGUGCAGUUCUGCCUUGUCAUGCGCAAUACCCUCCUCGCUUCUUUGAGAGAGUAUCCUAAAGGGUCAGUUCACCCAAAAUACAAAUAAACAUAUUUUUUCAAUUAUUUGUAGUGGUAUCUAUCUAGCCAUGCAGAUAUUACUUGUUUUAUGUGUCCAGGUUUAGACCUGGACACAUGAGAUUUAGUCCCCCUCUAAUUUCUGCUUCCAGCAAAAUGAAUGAAAAAAUAUCCCUGUUACUUUCACAGAUAUAAUCCAACCACUGCGGACGGCUUUCAUUGGAACUACUUUCUACCAAAGAAAUAGUCCCUAUGAAAACUUCUCCAAAGUUACAAGGAUAUUGUUUAUGAUGUGAGAUGUUCCUCUGAAUUCAUUUGCGUGGCUAGAUAUCACCAGAAAUAAGUGAGAAAACAUGUUUUUUCAUAAUUUGCAUCAACCGACCCUUUAGAGUUUUAGAGGAAAAUGAGAUGACAGUGUGUCUAAGUGCUGCGUCUACAAUAAAUGUGUUAUUGAUUAUCACAGUACAGACAACAAAAGAGAUUCUACACAUUCACGGUUUUAUUGCCAACAGUCAUACAGAAUAAUGAUAAACCCAUACAACCAAAAGAUUAAAUCUGUAAACAUCAUUUGGACUCGUUUCUUUGUUUUUAUUUCCUUUUUUUUCUAUACCUGUUCCAAAAUAGUGAGUUUUUGUGUGAUUCUGUCUGACAAAGAUUUAUAUUUAGAAUCUGGAAAUGAUACAUUUAUAAUAUAUAAUAGAGAGGGAGGGAGAGAAAGAGACAGAGAGAGAAAACAGUAGUCUCAAGCAGCAACACGCAGCAGGGCAAAACACAACCUCUAGUGAACAGGCAUGCCCCAUUGAAGAUCAGCUAUUGCACUUUGAAGAGAGAGAGAAAAAGAAAUAAAAACACCAUUUGUACAAAUAAAAGGCACAUUUUCAUCAACAGAAAUCUGGAAAAAGCCAUGUUUCUUAUUUGUGUCCCAGCUUGUUUGGAUGUAUAAUUAAUCAGCGUGUUAUCAGAGAGAUUCAAGUAUGGAGUUGUUUCCUGCUAUAUAUAUAUGUAUAUAUAUAUAUAUAUAUAUACGCUUUGUUCAAAACUGCACAUUUUGCCAAGUUCUACAAUUUUGCUCUUCAGAAAUAAAGACUGAUCUUAAAAUUA